UUUAAACAAUAACCAUCUCUUUUUAUCAUGGGGACCUUUCAACUCGUGUUUAUAUAUUUUGCACAUGGCAAGCCGCGCUUUUAGUUACCUUUUAAACCACCGGUCAUCUUGUUCUUGUGUUAAACCUGUCUUGGAUACUACAACGUGACCAAAGAGAAAAAAAUGGGUUCCCUUCCCCAACUCUCAAUUCUAAAGGGACCAACGCGGCCUUUGGUGGUCUCCCAACUGGGCCGAAUUUUCGAAAAAGUUGCGGCCGGCCCUGCAGCCAGCAACAUUGCCCUCAUCUUCGAAGAAAAUGGCCAAAGCCGCCAAUUAUCCUACUCGCAAGUCGACCAAAUCACGAAUAAAUUUGCCCGGGUUAUAAGCGAGACGAUCAAAACGAAAAAUCUGAAACCGAAUUCCGAUGGCGAUCACAUAAUUGCCGUCAAUAUGCACCCCUCUGAUCACUUAAUCCUGGUUUUGUUAUCAAUUUGGAAAUCCGGCUGCGCCUAUUUACCUCUGGACCAUUCUUUCCCGGCCUCAAGGAUUGACCACAUAAUCCAGGAAUCCAAGCCUGUCAUCGUUAUUUAUGACGAAGGUAAAGCCACCCCAAAGCCUGCAUAUUUUCCUGACUCAGUUAUAUCAGAUAGCAAAAAUUUCCCCGCCAAGUUGUCCUAUGAGGAAUUGUUAACUGCAAGUGACGGAAGGAGUGAUAAGAGACUCGAGGAUAAAGAGAGAGUUUAUCAAAAAGACGACUUGGCUAUAGUUUUGUACACGUCGGGAAGUACGGGGAUUCCCAAAGGAGUGAGAAUCCCGCAUAAAAUUAUCCUCAAUCGGCUACAGUGGCAGUUCAAAACGUUCCCGUUUUCUGAAACCGAAAAAGUUUGCGUUUUCAAAACCGCCCUCACUUUUGUUGACAGUGUUUGCGAAAUCUGGGGGCCGCUAAUAAGCGGAAUUUCGAUUUUAAUUGUCCCCAAAAGUGUGACUCUUGAUCCUGAAAAACUUAUCCAAAAGCUGGACGAUUACAAAAUUGAGAGACUAGUCCUUGUACCCUCACUUUUACGCUCAAUUCUGAUGUGUCUCGAGUUGAAGAAAAAUCGGACCUUGCUGAAAAACCUGAAAUUGUGGGUUUGUUCCGGUGAAACCCUCACCACGAGUUUAGCCGAGGAGUUUUUCCGCUAUUUUCCCGAAAACGAAUACAAGUUGUGCAAUUUUUACGGAAGUACUGAAAUUAUGGGCGAUGUGACAUUUUACAUAAUUUCAGGGAUGCAACAGCUGAAAAAUUUGCUCACUGUUCCGAUUGGUGCUCCGGUUGAUAACACAAUUGUUUACUUGUUGGACCCGGAGCUGCGUCCGGUGAAAACCGGAGACAUCGGCGAACUCUUCGUCAGCGGUCUAAACCUGGCGUCCGGUUACGUUAACAACCGCGAUAAGGAAAAGUUCCUGGAGAACCAGCUCGCCAUAGACCCGAUUUUCUCCAAAUUGUACCGCACUGGUGAUUUCGCACGUUUACAAAACGACGUGUUGUUGUACGAAGGGAGGACCGACUCCCAGGUGAAAAUCCGGGGUCACCGAGUUGACCUCUCCGAGGUCGAAAAGGCGGUUAGUGGGGUCGAAGGUGUGGAAAAAGCUGUUGUUCUGUGCUACCAACCCGGAGAGAUGAAUCAAGCGCUUUUAGCAUUCGUCAAAAGCAGCGCUUUGAUGAACGAAAAUCAAAUCGAGAAUAUUUUGAGGAGUAAGCUGACUUCGUACAUGGUUCCGCAAGUUAUAUUAGUUGAAAGCAUUCCUUUGUUGGUUAAUGGCAAAAUCGAUAGACAGGCCCUGCUGAAGAGCUACGAAAAUACUAACAAUAACGACGAUUCUUCUGUCGAAAUCGAGAUUGACUAUUCUGGAGUGAAGCCGGCCCAAAUGGCCGCGGCUAAAGUUCUCUUCGAUACCGUGGCUUCCGUUUUAAACAGAUCGGCUCGUUCGGCGAUUUCCCUCGAUUCAAACUUUUACGAAAUUGGGGGUAACUCACUCAACUCCAUUUACACCAUCACCAGACUCAACGAAGAGGGAUAUCAAAUAAGUAUCGGAGAUUUCUUAUCAGCGAUUGAUUUAGGAGAAGUUUUGGAGCGUAUGACUUCGUCUAAUGAUAUUCAUUGUUCGCCGCCAACGUACACGUCUGAACUCCUCAAAAACGAGCACAAAUCAGCGGUUCUUGACAUUAUUACGACGAGUUUUUACCAGAAGGCCGACUUGGAGCAAUGGCUAAUGCCAGACAUUUUCGAGUCGGACUAUAAGGAGCUUAUGGACGCUCUUUGGGAGCCGCUCGUUGAGAAAGCUUUAAGUUUCGUGGCGAAAGCAGAGUCGGGGAAAAUAAUCGGAGUGGGACUGAAUUUCGAUGCAAGGGAUGAACCGGAUGUACAAAUUACUUCGAAAUUGACUGUGAUAUUUGAGUUCCUUGAAACUGUUGAGGGUCCCGUGAGAGACAAGUGUCUGCCGGGCGGCAAAGGCAAAAUCUUGCACUCCUUUAUGAUGGGCACUCAUUCAAGUUUAUCGCCCAAAGAGAAUGUAGCGGUUAUGCAAUUUAUGGAAGACGAAGUGCUUAAGUUGGCGACAGAAAGACACUUCGAGGGAAUAUUUACGACGAAUACGAGCCCUUUGACUCAGCAAUUGGGAACCGACGUUUAUCAUUACCAGACAUUACUCGACUAUCAAGUAAAUCGAUAUGUUGCUUCAGAUAAUACAAGGCCGUUUGGAAUGGCACCGGAUUCACAAAGAGCAAUCGUGCAGUGGAAGCCAAUUAAAAGUGACAUUGUAGUAGAUGUUUAAGAGGAUUUUAUUUAUUUUCAGUAUUUUGUGUAUCUCAGACCAUUAUUGUAAAUAAAGGCAAUUAGUGUAGACGA